AUGAGUAAGAAGACAAUCAUUAUCACAGGAGCCAAUACAGGCAUUGGGUUUGCAGCAGCCAGAAUCCUGGGUAGAUCAGGAGACAAGUAUACAGUGAUCUUAGCCUGUAGAUCUGAGGAGAGAGGACAGGAGGCUGUGAGGACCAUCAAAGAGGAAAGCCCCAAUGCAGAUGUGGUCUACAUGAAUUUGGACCUGUCAAGUAUGGCAUCUGUUCACAAAUUUGUGGAGAAUUUCCACGCCAGCGGACACAAGCUUCAUGUGCUAUGUAACAACGCAGGAAUGUUGGUGGGCAACGCUACCAAGUCACCACAGAUUACCCAGGAUGGCCUUGAAGUUACCAUGGAAACAAACCAUCUGGGUCAUUUUCUCCUGACCAGUCUGCUGCUGGAUGACUUGAAAAGUACAGCUCUUAUUGAAGGGGAAGCUAGAAUUGUUGUCACUGCAUCACGUGUACAUGACCUUGUACAGUCAAAGAUGAUGGGUACUAAACCAACCAACUGGGAUGAUAUGAACUACACUACACCCGGUUCCUUCAAUUCCAUGCAGGCAUAUAAGGAUUCCAAGCUGGCCAAUGUGAUGUUCACCAGAGAACUGGCCAAAAAACUGGAAGGCACCAAUGUCACCGUCAACUGCUUCUGUCCAGGGAUAGUUCGUACUGAACUUGGUCGGAAUAAUAGCGGUUGCCUCAAGUGCUGCUUCAGCUUUCUUCUCUGCUGCUGUUGUUGUCUUGGGCACAGCCUGCACCAGGGUGGAAAUGACAUUGUACAACUGGCUGUCAGCGAUGCCGUAAAAGGAGUAACUGGGCGUUACUUUAAUGACCAGGAAGAAGUCACUCCUGCUGCCGAGGCCUUGGAUGAUGAAGCCUGUAAAAAGCUGUGGACCCUCAGUGAACAGAUGGUGGGAGGGAAGAAGGAAGAAAAAGAAUAG